ACCGAACCUGCGGUGCGGACUGCGGGAGCAGCGCCGAGCUCCCCGCUCGCCCGCCCGCUCAGCCCACCCAGUGAGCCUCCCGACCCCUCCCUGUCCCCGCAACUGUGCUGCACAUGGUGAUGAGUUUCCGGGUGUCUGAGCUCCAAGUGCUCCUUGGUUUUGCUGGCCGGAACAAGAGUGGACGGAAGCACGAACUCCUGGCCAAGGCCCUGCACCUUCUUAAGUCCAGCUGUGCCCCCAGUGUCCAGAUGAAGAUCAAAGAGCUAUACCGCCGGCGCUUUCCCCGAAAGACCCUGGGCCCCUCUGAUCUCUCCCUGCUCUCUCUGCCCCCUGGCACCUCUCCUGUAGGCUCCCCUGGCCCUCUAGCUCCCAUUCCUCCUGCCCUUCUGGCCCCUGGCACUUUGCUGGGCCCCAAGCGUGAGGUGGACAUACACCCUCCUCUGCCCCAGCCUGUGCACCCUGAUGUCACUAUGAAACCAUUGCCUUUCUAUGAAGUCUACGGGGAGCUCAUCCGGCCUACCACCCUCGCAUCCACUUCUAGUCAGCGGUUUGAGGAAGCACACUUUACGUUUGCCCUUACACCCCAGCAAGUGCAGCAGAUUCUCACAUCUAGAGAGGUUCUGCCAGGAGCCAAAUGCGAUUAUACCAUACAGGUGCAGCUAAGGUUCUGUCUCUGUGAGACCAGCUGCCCCCAGGAGGAUUAUUUCCCCCCCAACCUCUUUGUCAAGGUCAAUGGGAAACUGUGCCCCCUGCCGGGUUACCUUCCCCCCACCAAGAAUGGGGCUGAGCCCAAGAGGCCCAGCCGCCCCAUCAACAUCACACCGCUGGCUCGACUCUCGGCCACUGUUCCCAACACCAUCGUGGUCAAUUGGUCAUCUGAGUUUGGACGGAAUUACUCCUUGUCUGUGUACCUGGUGAGGCAGUUGACUGCAGGGACCCUGCUACAGAAACUCAGAGCAAAGGGUAUCCGGAACCCAGACCACUCCCGGGCACUGAUCAAGGAGAAGUUGACCGCUGACCCUGACAGUGAGGUGGCUACUACAAGUCUCCGGGUGUCACUCAUGUGCCCGCUAGGGAAGAUGCGCCUGACUGUCCCAUGUCGUGCCCUCACCUGCGCCCACCUACAGAGCUUCGAUGCUGCCCUUUAUCUGCAGAUGAAUGAAAAGAAGCCAACAUGGACAUGCCCUGUGUGUGACAAGAAGGCUCCCUAUGAGUCUCUUAUUAUUGAUGGUUUAUUCAUGGAGAUUCUUAAUUCCUGUUCGGACUGUGAUGAGAUCCAAUUCAUGGAAGAUGGAUCCUGGUGUCCAAUGAAACCCAAGAAGGAGGCAUCUGAGGUUUGCCCCCCACCAGGGUAUGGGCUGGAUGGCCUCCAGUAUAGCCCAGUACAAGAGGGAAAUCCAUCAGAGAAUAAGAAGAAAGUUGAAGUUAUUGACUUGACAAUAGAAAGCUCGUCAGAUGAGGAGGAUCUGCCCCCAGCCAAGAAGCACUGUCCUGUCACCUCCGCUGCCAUCCCAGCCCUACCUGGAAGCAAAGGAGUUCUGACGUCUGGUCACCAGCCAUCCUCAGUGCUGCGGAGCCCUGCAAUGGGCACGUUGGGCAGCGAUUUCUUAUCCAGUCUCCCACUACAUGAGUACCCACCUGCCUUCCCACUCGGGGCUGAUAUUCAAGGUUUAGAUUUAUUUUCUUUCCUUCAGACUGAGAGUCAGCACUAUGGUCCUUCCGUCAUCACCUCACUGGAUGAACAGGAUGCCCUUGGCCACUUCUUUCAGUACCGGGGAACCCCUUCCCACUUUUUGGGCCCACUGGCCCCCACGUUGGGGAGCUCUCACCGCAGCUCUACUCCAGCACCGCCUGCUGGCCGUGUCAGCAGUAUUGUGGCUCCUGGGGGGGCCUUGAGGGAGGGACAUGGAGGUCCCGUACCUUCAGGUCCCUCUUUGACUGGCUGUCGAUCAGACAUCAUUUCUUUGGACUGAGUUCCUUGGAUUACAGAACUUGCAUUGCCCCUAACACUGAGCAAAUAUAUACCCCUCAGGGGUCUUUGGCCAAAGGCCAGAUAGACCUUCAUGGAUACCUAUUUUUGGCCUCAUCUGCCUAACAAGGUCUGCACCCAAAGGGUUAAUAUUUAACCUCUUUUAAAGGACAUUGGGGCCUAUUUUUGCAAGUGUUCUUUAGAUGGUGGCACAUUCCUUUAGGUGUGUUCACCUAGGCAAUGGGAGGCAAAUGGGAUGGGAUGUGAGUUUUGAGAGCUUCACCAGAUCUAGAGCCUCUUGGGCAAAGGGCCCUUUUCUUGUUUCCAAGAUGCCCUCACUUCCCAAACCUAAACAUCUGUGCUUUUCAUGUCCAUUCCGUUCCCUUUGGCCAUGUAGACAGGUGGCAAAAUCGAGACAGGCAGUUUCAGAGAUGGACAGAGAACUCUAUUUUAGGUUGUAGAUUUUUUUGUAUAUAAACAAGAAAAACCAAAAUACUCCAAAGAUGACUUCCCCUGCCUCUGUGUCCCAGUAUGACUGAGGAGGAGAUAAGGUCUUAGUUGUAAUCCCCAGGGGUUUGGAAGCAGGAAGGGCCUAGCCUAUUGCCUGCAUCUCUCCCUAUUGGUAUAUUUAAGUGCAAAUAUAUAUAGACAAAUAGAUAUUAUCUAUCUAUAUAUUUUUUGCAGUACUGGGGAUUGAACCCA